AUGUUAGGAUUCCUCUCCGUGUACUGGUUACUGGGAAAGCUGGGCGGCAGCAGCGACUCGAAUGCACCAAACCUACCGAAGGUUGCUAUUGGAAGUGGAGCGCCAGUGGUGAUAGUCACAGUACUGGACCCCAAGGCGAAUCCAGAAUGGGUAGCGAAGAUCAAGCAAAACCGCGAGGGGUAUGCUAAGAGGCACGGCUACAAGACCUUCUUCCCCUACAACGACCAAUACCCCCUCGGCAACUCACCUCUCACAUGGGCACGCGUCCCCGCCAUGCGCCAUGCCAUGACCAUCCACCCAGGUUCGACUUUCUUCUGGUACCUGGACCACAAUGCCAUCAUCACGAACCCCACCAUCCCAAUCCACACGUCUCUUCUCACCCCCGCGAAGCUCGAGUCCACCAUGAUCACGAAUGCGCCUGUCGUGCCACCAGACAGUGUGAUCAAAACAUUCGGCAAUCUCAAGGGCGACCGCAUAGAUCUUGUCAUCGCUCAAGAUAAAGACGGCCUGGCGCCGAACAGCUUCAUCGUCAGGAAUGGGGAGUGGGCCAAGUACUUUUUAGACGUCUGGUUUGACCCCAUCUACCGGAGCUACAACUUCCAGAAGGCCGAGUUCCAUGCGCUGGAGCAUAUCGUGCAAUGGCAUGGUACCAUCCUCGCCAAACUCGCGAUGGUCCCGCAGAACCUCAUCAACUCGUACGCCAACGGCCCCGCAGCCCCUGAGAACGGCAUACACAAGCAAGGCGAUCUCGUCGCAAACUUCCCCGGCUGCGACAAGGACGGUCGCGACUGCGCGAAGGAACACCAGCCGUUUUUCGACGCUUUGGAGAGGGCAUAG